CAAUUUUGUUUUUCUAUUUUUUGUCUUAUUUGUUUUGUUUGGAUAAUUUGACCUCCGCAUGUUGUAAUGGUUUCACAUCAAUAGCUGAUUUUGGUGUUGAAAUCUCUUUGUGUACCAACAAAUAGGGAUGGUAAAAUUGGGGUUUGUUGCAAAUUGAACAAUGGAAGCAAAACAGCGCUUAAACCCCACAACGACAAUGACAACAAACAAGAAGAAGAAAAUCAACCAAACCCCAGAGAACAAGUUCCAAUUCGAGCUAAAUUCAUGUUCCAAAUCAAAGAACUUCCGCGGCGCGAUUUCUCUGUACGAUGAUGCCGUUUCAAAUAAAACUCGUCUCAACCAACACCACCUCAAUGCACUUCUCUACCUCUGUUCCAACGCAGUCACAAACCCUUCCCUCAAACACCUCGCCUUAGAUUAUGGCUUUCGCAUAUUCAACCACAUGUCAUCCCUAAAUAUCACUCCUAACGAAGCCACUGUUGCCACUGUCGCUAGACUUGCCGCUGCUAACGGUGAUGGUGACCGUGCAUUUGAAUUGGUAAAAGACAUUGGUAAGUACAAUGUUUCCCCUAGGUUAAGGACAUAUGAUCCCGCAUUGUUCUGCUUUUGUGAAUUUCUUGAUGCUGAUAAAGCCUAUGAGGUUGAGGAGCAUAUGAAUAGUGUUGGGGUUAGUUUGGAGGAACCAGAAAUUGCGGCACUUUUAAAGGUUAGUGUGAAGAAGGGUAGAGCUGAUAGGGUUUAUAAGUAUCUUCACAAGCUAAGAAGCGGUGUGAGGUGUAUAGGGGAAUCGACGGCAACAAUUAUUGAGGAGUGGUUUCAGAGCAGCGAGGCGCGUGAGGUUGGUGAGGAGAAUUUGGAUGCAAGGAUGGUCAGAGAGGGGGUUUUGAGGAAUGGAGGAGGGUGGCAUGGUUUGGGGUGGGUUGGAAAAGGGGAUUGGGUUGUAUCUAAAACAAGGGUUGAUGGUGAUGGGAUUUGUUGUGGAUGUGGUGAGCAAUUGGUUUGUGUGGAUAUUGAUGAUGAAGAGAUGGAGAAAUUUGCUUUGUCUAUUGCUGCAUUGGCCGUGGAGCGUGAGGUCAAGGCAAAUUUUAGUGAAUUUCAGGGGUGGCUUGAGAAACAUGACUGUUAUGAAGCCAUAGUGGAUGGUGCAAAUAUUGGGCUCUACCAGCAAAAUUUUGCUAAUGGCGGAUUUAGUAUUAAUCAGCUUGAUGAUGUUGUGAAAGAAUUGUACAAUCGAAGUGGGAAAAAAUGGCCGCUAGUUAUCUUACACAACAAGCGUGUGAGAGGGCUGAUGGAAAAUCCUUCCAGCAGAAUAUUGGUAGAGGAGUGGAUGAAAAAUGGUGUACUAUAUACAACUCCAAAUGGAUCGAAUGAUGACUGGUAUUGGCUCUAUGCUGCCAUAAAACUCAGGUGCUUGCUUGUGACAAAUGAUGAAAUGCGAGAUCACAUAUUUGAACUCAUAGGAAGCAACUUUUUUAAUCAGUGGAAAGAAAGACAUCAAGUACACUACACUUUUGUUAAGGGGAACUUGAAACUUCAGAUGCCACCAUCAUAUUCAUUGGUUAUCCAGGAAUCAGAAAAAGGAUCAUGGCACGUGCCAUUGGCACUGGGCACUAGCAACGAGUCUUCUAGACCUUGGCUCUGCAUUACACGGAAAAGUGCGGAUAAUAAUGUUGCUACUGUUUCUAACGGUGUGGCUACUUCUGGAAAUGGUGAUCUGGACCAGCCACAGAAAUUAGCAGACAAUGUUCGUAGCUUAGAUUCCCAAGUCAUUGAUAAUAACAGUACUUCCAUCACUGGUAAAAGAAAAGAGAGGUCUGAACCUUCAUGAUAAAUCUUUUUAUUGGCUUGAUAUUUCACCUUUAACGGUUAUCGGGGGCUGGUGGCUAUAAAGAUGAUGGUUAAGCUGCUACCUGUACUGUUUAUUGAGCUUUUUACAGUUUCCAUAGUUUUAAACCAAUUGAGACAAAGUCUUAUUUAUCAUUUGGCACAAUUUUUUCUAGGAUCUUACGACGAUAUUUAAUUCAUGUUGUACACCCUGUCUUAUAUGGAAAAAGGUAUUGGUAGGUUUUUAAAAACCGAGGCCUACUUCAGUUGUUGUGUACUUGGAAUAAUGUUGAUAGUUUUGUUCACUUCUAUUGACUGAAAUACUAUAUCUAUUGCAUUAUUUUACCAAUAAUCAUUACAAGGCAAUGAGGAAUAGAAU